GGGCCAUGGCGGCGGCGCUCUGGGCGCGCGGCGCGGCGCUGUGGUGGCUGGCGGCGCUGCGGGGACGGAGCCGCAUCUGGGCGGCCAUGUCCACAGGUGUCAAACCACAAGGGUUGACAGCAGAGGAGAGGAACCAGGUUCUUCUUGACCUGAAAGCAGCAGGAUGGUUGGAAUUAAGUGAGAGAGAUGCCAUCUACAAAGAGUUUUCCUUCGAAAAUUUUAAUCAGGCUUUUGGUUUCAUGUCUCGAGUUGCUCUCCAAGCUGAGAAGAUGAACCAUCACCCAGAAUGGGCCAAUGUGUACAACAAGGUCCAGAUAACGCUCACCUCACAUGACUGUGGCGGCUUGACCAAAAGAGAUGUGAGACUGGCCAAGUUUAUUGAAAAAGCAGCUGCUUCUGUGUGAUUUCUUCCAAAAUGCAUAUACAAUUUGACACGUCUUAGCUGCAGUGUGUUUCGAAGGCAACUUACAUGAGCAGAUGCGGUUGUAAACUAAUUCACCUUUACACAUUUUGUACAAUCAUUGCUUAAAUACAAGAUGAUUUAAACUCCAGCCUGAGGCAUUUUUCAUUACAUCUGUUCAUAUACAGAAGAUAAAACCACUCAGCUAAUUAUAUUAACAUUAUUUUAAAAGAGAAAUGGUAUUCUCAAAGACCAGAAAUCAGGAUAGGGGACUAUUUACACAUUUUAUAACCCAGAAAUUCAAAAUCACUUUACAGGUGCAUGUGAGAGAAUAGUUAUGAGGUUAAAAAAAAGGAAUUAAGCCCUGUGCAGAUAGUGGGUUUAUAUAAUAAUUCUUAUGAAGCUAAAUUGGUUUACAUUUUACCUGCUGUUACUACUUAAGUUGUUAAUCAUAUUACAAAAGUCACAAAAAUUGGGAGAGCUGUCUUGCGUUUUUACUAUUCAUACAGGUUGUUGAAGGACAGGACAACUGUCUUGUCCAU